GGGCGCGCGCGCAGCUCGGGAGGCGGCGGCGGAAGCAGCGAGGGCGGCGGGCGUCCGGCUGCGAGCGCGGCGGCUCCGUGCUGGGCCGGCCAGGGGCGGCUCCGGGCGGCGGCGCAGCCGAGCGCUCGGUCCUGCGGCUCCAGCCCGCGGCCCCCGUCCCGACGCCUGCGCCGCUCACUCGGCGUCCCGGCUCGGACCCCGGCGCCCAGCCCGUGGCCGUAACCUUGAGGAGGCGGCGGCGGGGCCGGGCCGGGCCGGGCUGGGGGGCGGCGGCACUGGAUCCGAGGCCGGCCGGCCGCUGGCGGGAGAUGUCGAACCCCGGGACGCGUAGGAACGGCUCCAGCAUCAAGAUCCGUCUGACAGUGUUAUGUGCCAAGAACCUUGCAAAGAAAGACUUCUUCAGACUCCCUGACCCCUUUGCCAAGAUCGUUGUGGAUGGCUCUGGGCAGUGCCACUCAACCGACACUGUGAAAAACACCUUGGACCCAAAGUGGAACCAGCAUUAUGACCUGUACGUUGGGAAAACUGACUCUAUAACCAUCAGCGUGUGGAACCACAAGAAGAUCCACAAGAAGCAGGGGGCUGGCUUCCUGGGCUGUGUGCGGCUGCUCUCUAAUGCCAUCAGCAGACUGAAAGACACUGGCUACCAGCGUUUGGAUCUAUGCAAACUAAAUCCCUCAGAUACUGAUGCGGUUCGUGGCCAAAUAGUGGUCAGUUUACAGACCCGAGACCGAAUAGGCAGUGGAGGGUCGGUGGUGGACUGCAGAGGGCUGCUAGAAAAUGAAGGAACAGUGUAUGAAGACUCGGGCCCUGGCAGGCCGCUCAGCUGCCUUAUGGAGGAGCCUGCCCCGUACACAGACGGGACCGGUGCUGCUGCGGGAGGUGGGAGCUGCAGGUUUGUGGAGUCUCCAAGCCAAGAUCAGAGACUCCAGGUACAGCGACUUCGAAAUCCUGAGGUUCGAGGGUCCCUACAGACGCCCCAGAACCGACCACAUGGCCACCAGUCACCAGAGCUGCCUGAAGGCUAUGAGCAAAGGACGACAGUACAGGGACAAGUUUACUUUUUGCACACGCAGACUGGAGUCAGCACGUGGCAUGACCCCAGGAUCCCCAGUCCCUUGGGGACCAUUCCGGGGGGAGAUGAAGCUUUUCUAUACGAAUUCCUUCUACAAGGCCAUACAUCCGAGCCCAGAGACCUUAACAGUGUGAACUGUGAUGAACUUGGGCCGCUGCCUCCAGGCUGGGAAGUCAGAAGUACAGUGUCGGGAAGAAUCUAUUUUGUAGAUCACAAUAAUAGAACAACGCAGUUUACAGACCCACGGCUUCACCACAUCAUGACCCACCAGUGCCAACUCAAGGAGCCCAGCCAGCCACUGCAGUUGCCCAGCGAGGGCUCCAUGGAGGACGAGGAGCUUCCUGCCCAGAGAUAUGAGAGAGAUUUAGUCCAGAAGCUCAAAGUUCUCAGACACGAGCUCUCUCUUCAGCAGCCCCAAGCUGGUCAUUGUCGAAUAGAAGUUUCCAGAGAAGAAAUAUUUGAGGAGUCCUAUCGGCAGAUCAUGAAGAUGCGGCCGAAAGACCUGAAGAAGCGCCUCAUGGUGAAGUUCCGAGGGGAGGAAGGUCUGGACUACGGUGGGGUGGCACGGGAGUGGCUAUAUUUGUUGUGCCAUGAAAUGCUGAAUCCGUAUUAUGGACUCUUCCAGUAUUCCACGGACAAUAUUUACACACUGCAAAUCAACCCAGAUUCUUCCGUCAACCCUGACCAUCUGUCUUACUUCCACUUUGUGGGCCGCAUCAUGGGUCUGGCUGUGUUCCAUGGACACUACAUCAACGGGGGCUUCACAGUUCCGUUCUACAAGCAGCUCCUGGGGAAACCCAUCCAGCUGUCAGACCUGGAGUCAGUGGACCCAGAACUGCACAAGAGCCUGGUGUGGAUUCUAGAGAACGACAUCACACCAGUGCUGGACCAUACCUUCUGCGUGGAGCACAAUGCUUUUGGGCGGAUCCUUCAGCAUGAACUGAAACCCAAUGGCAGAAAUGUGCCCGUCACUGAGGAGAACAAGAAGGAAUAUGUCCGGUUGUAUGUGAACUGGAGGUUUAUGAGAGGAAUCGAAGCCCAGUUUCUAGCGCUUCAGAAAGGGUUUAAUGAACUCAUUCCCCAACACUUACUGAAGCCCUUUGAUCAGAAGGAACUAGAGCUGAUAAUAGGUGGGCUUGAUAAGAUAGACCUGAAUGAUUGGAAGUCGAACACACGCCUGAAGCACUGUGUGGCCGACAGCAACAUCGUCAGGUGGUUCUGGCAGGCAGUGGAGACCUUCGACGAAGAGAGGAGGGCCAGACUUCUGCAGUUCGUGACAGGAUCCACACGCGUUCCUCUCCAAGGUUUCAAGGCUCUGCAAGGCUCUACAGGCGCGGCAGGGCCCCGGCUCUUCACCAUCCACCUGAUAGACGCCAACACGGACAACUUACCCAAGGCUCAUACCUGCUUUAACCGGAUUGACAUCCCCCCCUAUGAGUCCUAUGAGAAGCUCUAUGAGAAGCUGCUGACAGCAGUCGAGGAGACCUGUGGCUUUGCUGUGGAGUGAAGAGUGGCCAGUGGCAGAGAGUCUCACUCACAACCACCAGACCCAAAGCAUAUGGCGUCUGCACGCCUCCCGCAUGGCGGGCUGAGGCCUGAGAUUCCAGAAACCUGAGGGAAAAGGCUCGUCUCCCUCCUCCUGUGGGGAGGGCAAGCCAGGGGACUUUAAUAGGUGGCUCCCACCCACUUAUCCCUCCUUUAUUAUAGUUCGCCCACCCUUCCAUCACCCAUCCAAUAAAACGCAGCCAGGGUUCGCCCUCAGCCUCCUUGGCAUAGUGGGCAUGGUCAGAGCCAAGCCGGGCCCCUGAGGGUUUGCAUGGUUUCUGUACCAGCUCUCCCUCUCAGUGCAGCCUCAAGGCCCUCUUCAAGUUCAGCAGCUGCCGACAGCUUACUAAGCUCAAAUUCCAGACAUCCAGCUAGCAGCGUGUCCAGAUAGCAGGUGGAUUUCUAAGCAGGAAAUAACUGCACAGUGUAUGCUUGCUGGAAUUCCACCAAGGCGGGGAGCUCGAGGCAGAAUGUGUUUCCCCUUUGAGAGGUAAAGGAAUUGGAGCAGCCUUCACUGGAGGCCCAGGGAUUUCUUUUCAGGGUAUCUUGGCCGAAAAAGAUGGUUUUGCACAGGGGGAAAUCUUUAAAAGUCCCAUCUGCUGUGUUCUCUAUUCAGUCUGAAAUUGUCACACGUCAUGGAGCUAAUCAGAGAAUGACCAAAACCAGGCUCAGAUCCCCCCGGGUCCAGCUAGACUCCUGUGCCAGGGUCCGGAGGCUCCUGGCUGUCCUGAUAUGCUAAUGGACUUUGACAUGGGGAUUGCUAAGAGCUAAACUAACAGAACACUGUUGUCACCACAGCCACUGGAUGGGACAGCAGGAGAGGCCGCUGACCUGGGGUCCCCUGAUGCAGCUCCCCAGGGUUGGUGCUAUGCACAAAGCAGGGUGUGAUGGAGCCUGUGUAACAGGGCGGGGGCUCUACCUCCCGACAUGGCCCUCCUCCCCAGUGGCAAUGGUGAUACUAACAGUUCUCCUUAAUUUGCUUGCUCAGUCUUCGUCUUCUGAUGAGCAAGGCCAAAGCCAGCCUAACGCCAUGUCUUUAACACCAUUUCCAAUUUGCACAAGUGUUCAGAAGCGGUGAUUCUUUCAACAGAGGGGCUGGAUUCAGGCAGCUGAACUCUGGUGGAAGGCAGAGCAGCAGCCGAUAGUCCGUGUGUGGUUUUGUCAUUUUUGUUUGUGGUGGGGGCAAGAACAGGGUAAUUCAUUAGCAAGACAUUUCAUUGGUACCGGGGUUCAGGUUCAGCCAUGAGUUCAAGUUGUGUGUGGGAUGAUGAGAAAGGUCCUGUUGGGCCACUUGGCUUUUGUGUUCUUUUCAUUGCUUACCCUCAGGCUAGGGAUGGGAAGUGUCUUCUCUCCUUUUCCUGCUGCUUCUGUCCAGCUUGCUCCGGAAGCAGUUCCCAAGUGACUGGGGAGGCUGGAUUCACAGAUCAUACACACCCUACCCCAAGAGGUUUACCCAGCUCGGUGGCCACUGGUACAGCAGAGUUUGAGUCAGCCAAACUCUAGGGUUUGCGGUUGGGGACAGAAAGGAUGCUUGGUAGACCUCACUGCACAAAACCGGAAUCCGUCCCACCCUCCAGGCCAGACUGGGGCCUUACCAGUCUCUCAGUUUUCUGCCUUGCCCCGGUAGGGCUUCUGUAUUUCAUCUACCUUAAUGCUUCCGAGGGGGUUCAAAACCCAGCUCCCUCGUGACUCAGAGUAUUGAAAAGUGUGAGGAAGCCUGUGCCCUUAGCUGCAGCCAGUCCAUGGGAACCAGCCAGACCCCGCAGAGUGACGGUCUCUGGAGACUGGAAACCCUGCUUGUUGCUGUCGCACUGUGCCAGUCUGCAGCGAUGAAGGAAACCAGGGUCCUGUGCUUUGGAGAUGUGCUGCCGGAGUGUGAGUUGGAGUGAUGGGGACAAGCCUUAGGAGUCCCGUGUCAGGUGUCCUUUGAGGAAGAUGCAGGUGGGGCCCUUGGGCUGACUGGUAGCAGGCACAUAGACCACCCACUAAGGCUUCUAAGUCUCCACAGGCAUUGCCUGUGGGUUCCCCCCUUUGCCGGUUCUGAGUGUCACAGCCUCCCCCAGUUCAUCUGUCCUCGCAGCACCGUCCUUUGUUGGUACCGCUGCACCUCCUUGUCUGUCUACCAUGGUUAGGCCCUUCUGAAGCUCCUCAAAGGACACUGUGGCCGGCCCACGGCAGAGCUCCUGUUGCCCUGCUUUGGGUCUGGAUGAAGCCCUUUCACGUAAGAUCUCGAUUGUCACCCCUCCUGGUGGCCCCAGAUGAUCCACCGUUGCCAUGUCACCCAGAUGCUUCAGGAGCCCAGCUCUCCAGGCUCCCCUCACCAGCGGCCAGCAGCCACACUCAGGGACGCAGCGAACACCACUCUGCUCCACAGUGCUUCAGAAGUGCCAGGCUGCAGCGACGGGGUGGGUGGCAGUGGGUCCCAGCCUCUUGCUUUCUGUUAGGAGAGUCUGCCACAGGAUGGGAUGCUGAGCCCUACACUGGCUUGGCCACACGGUCAAGUUCAGCAUGGGUGGACCCUGGACUGACCUUCCGCAGAGAAAACGCCCCACCCACCCUCCUGCAGCCAGGUGGGGGCCACAUGGCAGCCUUCUGAAACAGUGUGGCUUUUUAAAAUGUGUUUAUAAUGUAUUCUAAUUUAUUUUGUAAGGUCCUGUUUGACGUGCUGCUGCCACCCUAGCUGCUCUCCCAGUUUUUAUUGCCCAUUUCCUUGUGAGAGUUGUACACUAAUGUUCUGUUUUAUGUCCGAAUCGGAAGUAUUUAAAGAAACGCUAGUUCUAUUUAAUGCAGUUGUGGAACCAGCUGGAAACACAAAACGUUGACUGUAGAGCAGGCUGGACCCGGGAGGUCAGGUUCAUUUUGUUACAUAUGCAAUAAACUCACGACUUUACAUUUUU